AUGAAUGCAUUUACUAAAAACCUCAGACAAGUUUGUAUCUUGGUGAACGGAGAUCAGGUGAUCAGAGGUGAGAAGGUCAUGCAGGAUGAUGAGUUCACUUGUGACCUUUUCCGCUUCCUGCAGCUGCUCUGUGAAGGACACAACUCAGACUUUCAGAACUACUUGAGGACUCAAACGGGGAACAACACAACCGUUAACAUCAUUAUCUCCACUGUUGACUACCUUCUAAGAGUUCAGGAGUCCAUCAGUGAUUUCUACUGGUAUUAUUCUGGGAAAGAUGUGAUUGAUGAGCAGGGCCAGCGGAAUUUCUCCAAGGCAAUAAAUGUGGCCAAGCAGGUUUUCAAUACCCUCACUGAGUACAUCCAGGGUCCAUGCACCGGCAACCAGCAGAGUUUAGCCCAUAGUCGACUGUGGGAUGCUGUGGUUGGCUUUCUACAUGUUUUUGCUCACAUGCAGAUGAAAUUGUCUCAGGACUCCAGUCAGAUCGAGUUACUGAAGGAACUGAUGGAUCUGCAGAAAGACAUGGUGGUUAUGCUGCUGUCUAUGUUAGAGGGUAAUGUGGUGAAUGGGACCAUUGGAAAGCAGAUGGUGGAUAUGUUGGUUGAGUCCUCCAACAAUGUAGAGAUGAUCCUGAAGUUCUUCGACAUGUUCCUCAAACUGAAGGACCUGACCUCCUCAGAUGGGUUCAAGGAAUAUGACCCUGACGGAAAAGGUGUCAUCUCCAAGAGGGACUUUCAUAAGGCCAUGGAGAGCCAUAAACACUACACCCAGUCAGAGACGGAGUACCUGCUGUCAUGUGCUGAAACUGAUGAGAAUGAACUUCUUGACUAUGAAGAGUUUGUGGAGCGCUUUCAUGAGCCAGCCAAGGACAUUGGCUUCAACGUGGCGGUUUUGCUGACCAACCUGUCAGAGCACAUGCCUCAUGACACCCGGCUGCAGACUUUCCUGGAGUUGGCAGAAAGUGUCCUCAAUUACUUCCAACCAUACCUAGGACGUAUCGAGAUUAUGGGAAGUGCAAAGCGGAUCGAGAGGGUCUACUUUGAGAUCAGCGAGUCCAGUCGUACACAGUGGGAAAAACCUCAGGUAAAGGAAUCCAAGCGUCAGUUCAUCUUUGAUGUGGUGAAUGAAGGAGGGGAGAAAGAGAAGAUGGAGCUGUUUGUGAAUUUCUGUGAGGACACCAUAUUUGAAAUGCAGCUGGCGGCUCAGAUGUCUGACGCUGGU